ACAUCCUCCAUCUGAAUUCAAAAAAGUAAUAAUAAAUCAGGCGCUAAAACCAAGCAUCAAACCAGAUUUGAAAUCGAAUUCAUUCAAUAAACAACUUGCGCAUUCAACACUCCUCUUCAACUCUUUCUAUCCCAAAACUCCUCCACUUCGCCAUUAAUCUUCAUCAGUUAUCAGUUAUCAAACACAUCAGAUCAAUCUCCAGUCUCUAGUCUCUAGAUUCUUGAAUCUUUACACAUGGGUUGUGUAUCAUCGCAUCUACUAAAUCAAGACGACGAUUUCACCCAAAUCGGCAGCUCCGCCUUGGGCCACCACAUCGUCUCUCUUACAUCCACCACAUACGGUCUCUUAACUCUCGACCCAUCAUCCUCCCCGACCACCGUACCCCCCACUCCACCGCCGCGUUUCACCCUCAGCUCAUUCUUCCCCUCUCCAUCCCCACUUUCUGAAUCCAACUCCGAUCCAAAUCCACCGCCUGAAGUCAUUAACUCAUGGGAACUCAUGGCUGGACUCGAUUCCACCGCCGAUAGCUUCCGUUUCUCCCCACAACCGUCUAAACCUUCCCCUUUCAGAUACGCCCUUCUCGAUUCAGAAAACGUAAACCCCACCAAAGAUCCCUCAAGCCCUAAUUAUAAAAACCCUAAAUUUGUCAAAUCCUUAGCGUCUAAACCAAAUUUCCUGGAUAAAUUUGAAGCGCUGUGUCCGCCCAAGGGAGAGAACAAGGUAGUGAUCUAUACCACGACAUUGCGAGGGGUGCGGAAGACUUUUGAAGCUUGUAAUGCAGUCAGAGCAGUGAUCGAGGGAUUUGGGGUUUUUUUCUGCGAGAGAGAUAUAUCAAUGGAUCGAGGUUUUAGAGAAGAGCUUUGGGAACUCAUGAAAGGGAAAGAUAAACACGAAUUGGUGCCACCUAGGGUGUUUGUAAAAGGGAGGUAUGUGGGUGGAUCCGAUGAGGUUUUGAGGAUAGCGGAAGAAGGGUGUUUGGGUAAAUUGCUUGAAGGUUUACCCAAAUCAAAACCAGGGUAUGUAUGUGAGGUUUGUUGUGGUUCAAGAUUCUUGCCAUGUCUUACUUGUAAUGGAAGCUGUAAAAUGGUGAUGGUUUUGAAGAAAGAGAUUGAUGGAGAAGAAUUGGGGAAGACUGUGAGGGUGCAAUGUAGCGAUUGUAAUGAGAAUGGACUGGUUCGUUGCCCCAUUUGUAGUUGAUCUUCAUCUUCAUCCAUCAUUGGUAUUUGGUUUGUUAUUUUCAUGAAUAUCCUUUCCUUUUUGGAUGAAAAACUAUAAAUAAAAUCCAGAUGAUAUUUAUGAAAUCAUGAAACCAUCAAUGUGGUAAGACUUGACCUUAAUUAGUCUGAAUGAUUCUUGUAGUGCUGCCUUUUAGUUUGCAGUAUCUCUUGAUCGAUUUACAAUAGUUCUUUUCUUGUAUCUAAGUAAGUAUUCGAAGUUUUAUUUUGUGAAACUUUAGAAUAGGCAUUAUGUGGUUUAGUUUUGGUUAACUUUGAGUUAUGGCUUUCAAUGCAUUUAUGUUUACACCA